AUGUUAGAUGACGAGGUUAGAGCAUUGCGUAUUCUUGCCCAACCAACGCCGCUGCCAGCAUUCUCAAAGUACCACCACUUGCGCAGUCGCGAGUUGCUGGGUCAAGGAGGCCAAGGACUUGUAUUCAAAUGUGUCACGUACGAUGGAGAGAUAGUGGUUUCCAAAGAAAUGACAUUUACCGAUAAUGAUAGGACGCUUUUCCUGGCACGAUUGCAUCAGGCUGAAAAUAUGCGAAAACUUUCACAUAAACAUCUUAUAAAGUACUUGGAUGUUAUUGGAUCGGAGAAUCCACUGAAGAUUGCUGUUAUUAUGCCGUACUACUCUGAAGGAGAUUUGUUCAGAUUUAUCAAGCGCCAGCGUGGCCCAAUUGGGGAGCACAAACUAUGCUCCAUCAUUCUCCAAAUAGCAUCCGCCCUGGAUUACCUUCACACACUGAACCCACCGCUUGUGCACCGGGAUAUCAAGCCCGAUAAUAUACUGCUGCUCAACCGAGAGCAGGUACUUCUUAUGGACCUAGACCUUUGUCGCUCGUAUGACGCGCAGCCGAGCGCAUCCGCAAGAGUACUACAGGAACAGCAAGAGGCGUCGCCGACGUUUGAGUAUCGAGCACCAGAGCUGGCUCACUCUGCAGGCUCUGUGAAAUCUGAUGUUUUCAGUUUAGGCGUGGUUGCAUUUGUGUUAGCCACACUUCCCGAGUUCGCAGUGCUUCAGAACGACAGUGGCACCACAACGGUACUGAACGACUCCGACUGGACGAGGAAUUCACUCGCUCUGGCAAUUCGAAGGGAUAUUCAACGACACACGCGGAAUUACUCAGAUGAACUGAUUAUGCUCAUUAUCAAUAUGUUGCGGCACAAGCCGGCGGAGCGCCCAAAGGCAAUGGAGGUUAGGGUACAGCUCAGCAAAAUAAUGGAGCGGCGCCUCCUCGAGCAAGGUGGCUGA